AUGGCCUCAGCUGAACUUGAGGCAGUACAGAUCUGGGUGAUCUCCGCUGACCAGACCAUUCCUCUGCGUCACUCCGUUCUCUGGCCUGACCAUCCCUCGUCUUAUGUCCGUAUUCCAGAGGACGAUCUCGCAUACCAUUAUGCAGCAUUCAUCCCCUCCCGUGACGAACCCGUGGCUGUCAUAUCUGUCUUCAAAGAGUCCUUGCCGGCUCUGCCAGUGUCGUCCUCCAAAGCUGCGGAAAGCCGGGAGACUUACAGCAAUGCGGCUCGUUUCCGCAAGUUUGCUUGUGACCCAUCGUACCAAGGUCGCGGUAUUGGCACGAAGCUUUUGGAGUACGUAUUCUGCACCGCGCGUGCAGAAUUGUCAUGCGGCACGGUCUGGUGCGAUGCGCGGGUGUCGACUGUGCCGUGGUAUGAACGGAGAGGUAUGACACCAUUUGGAGAAAUAUUUAUAAAGAGCGGCAUGGAAUACAUUCGAAUGCAGCGGCGUUUGCCUGAUUGA